GUCAUAUUAGAUAACUACAUAGAAUGCUGUAUGUCAAGAGACGAUGCGUACUUACAUACUCACAGAAUAGCGCAUCUACCUCAGUGCAUAUAAUAUGCAAUGUGGAUGCUACAUACUGGGUAUGAUGUUGAUAGGUGGCCCUUUCGUUACGCCCUUCCCCUUUAUCAUUCUACUGUUUCCAUUGUGUGUCCAUCUAUCCAUCUAUUUAUCUACGGGUAUAAGAUAUGGCACCACCCUUUCUUUCUCUGGUUUUUUUUCUUCGUUCGAUUAAAGUGGAAUAUGAAUUGUUGUUGUAUAUAUGUAUUUAUACUAAUAUAUUAAUGUACAAAAGAAGAAGGAUUAAUUGGACAAAUGAAAGCCAUGCUAAGAAAACCAUGAUUCCCAAUUGUUUUGGUUUGUCGAGUCGCUAGGUUCAUCACUGUUCAACAAAUCCGCUACCUUUGUCACCGAAGAGGACGCAGGCUCGGAUGAUACAUUUGCUGGAGGAGGUGGAUGCGGGCUCGGUGGUUGCAAUGGAUGUGCCGAUCUAUCGGAGUGCAUGUGCGAAUAUGGAUGAGCGUGUUGUUGUUGCUGCUGUU